UGGCCGGACCAGCUCGUCUGGCUCCCCCAGCCCCGGCUGGGCCGUGGCCUCUGUGUCGUGGGGCGAGGGUGACCGUGGUGAUUUGGAGUAGAGGCCUGGUCAGGCCAGCCCUGGGGACCAGGAGGCUUGGAGAGAGAUACACACUCUCCCCGCCACCACACACACACACCAGAACAUACACCAGGCCACAGCUACCCACGGGUCAUGGCUUCUGAGCUGUGCCCUUCCUCGGUGCCAGGACACAGAACCCCCCCCCCCCCCCCCGCACCCGCAGUGAUCCACCCAGUGAAGUCAGUCACCUGCGAGGGCCCCGGGGAGGCACAGGGCCGCUCCUCUUGCCUCGGGCUCCAGCCCGGGCUGCUCCCAGCUCAGAGGUGGUGACAGCUCUGCGAAUCAUCCUGUCUGGCUGGGUCGGAAUGCAGAGGGGGCAGCCCAGCUUCUGGCCCCAAGCCCAGCCUGGAUCGGGCUGCUUCUUUAGGGCUGAAUCGGAUGAGGCCUCAGCUCAGGGCUGGGCCCAGACUUCUAGACCCCUGCGGGGGCCGCCUCAGAGCUGCCCACACCUGCCCGGGACUCCUUGUGCAGAGGGGUUGGAGGUCAGGGUCAGGGACCCUUCUCCCCCUCCCCUUGCAGAUCCACUGUCUCCCAGGGACCUUUCUUGCCCCUUCCCCAGGGCCUGGUGGGCAGAGACAGACCCCAGACACUCAGGCUUCAGGCUGGCCUCUCACCACCAGCAGUCUGGGCAGGAGGGCCCUUCAAAAGCCCCCAGCGAGCCGCACACGUGGGGACACUUCCGUGUGGCUCCCCAACCUCCCCCCCCACACACAGAGCGUGCACCCACACGCCACCACGCCUGUCCCUGGUCCCGCCUGCCUGGAGCCUGCUUCUAGGUCAGGCCUGGGCACGACUUCCUGGGAGGACCCGUGACAGGUGCUGCAGGCUGGGCCCGGCUGAGCAGCUCGGUGUGUGUGGUGGCCAUCGCUGGGGGCAUGUGGGGCCGUGCCCGGGGGCCCCCCGUGGGGGCCCUAACCCUGACAGCUCUGGCUGAAGGGAUCCGGGCCAGCCAGGGGCGGCCCCUGGGACCCCCUUCUACAGGCCCUCAGACCAAACCUGAGGUGGAGUCUGGGCGGGCAGCCCUCAUCCCCACAGCUGGCAGGGAGUCCUUCCCUCGGCCCCCUGCCCAGGAACCAGCCCUUGGGGGACCCCAUCAGACUCCCCAGAGUUCCCGGGAGGAGGGGGCCCUUGCAGACCUGGCGUUGUGCGUGGCUGCCUGUCUGGAAGAGGCUGGCUGUGCGGGAACACAGGCAACAGCGCUCACCCUGUCCUCAGCCCUGGAGGCCCAGGGGGAGCGACUGGAGGACCAGGUGCGUGGCCUUGUGCGGGGGCUGCUGGCACAGGCGCCCCGCCUGGCGGAGGGGAGGCCCCGGCGGGCGGCCCUGCGGGUGCUGAGCACACUCGCCCUGGAGCACUCUCAGGACGUGGUGUGUGCGCUGCUGCCGUGCUCACUGCCCCCGGACCGGGCGGCAGCCGAGCUGUGGCGCAGCCUGAGCCGGAACCAGCGUGUGAACGGGCAGGUGCUGGUGCAGCUGCUGUGGGCGCUAAAGGGCUCGGCCGGAGCCCAGCUGGAGGCGCUGGCGGCCACGCAUGCCCUCGGGGAGAUGCUGGCCGUGUCCGGCUGCGUGGGUGCCACACGAGGCUUCUACCCACACCUUCUCCUUGUGCUGGUCACACAGCUACAUGAGUUGGCCUGGGACCCAUGUGCCCCUGACACCCCCAAGGUCUGGGCCCCAUCCCGGCAAGGGCCACUGCACAGCCACAGCAGCUGCACGGUGGAGGCCUUGAAGGCCCUGCUCACUGGGGAUGGCUGCCGCAUGGUGGUCACGUGCAUGGAGCAGGCUGGAGGCUGGAGAAGACUGGUGGGAGCCCACACCCACCUGGAGGGUGUCCUGCUGCUGGCCAGUGCCAUGGUGGCGCAUGCCGACCACCACCUGCGAGGCCUGUUCGCGGAACUGCUGCCCCGGCUGCGCAGCUCGGACGACGCACAGCGCCUCACGGCUAUGGCUUUCUUCACCGGGCUGUUGCAGAGCCGGCCCACCGCGCGGCUCCUGCGGGAGGAGGUCAUCCUGGCGCGGCUCCGCACCUGGCAGGGCGACCCCGAGCCCACCGUGCGCUGGCUCGGCCUCCUGGGUCUCGGCCACCUGGCGCUGAACCGCGGGAAGGUGCGUCACGAGAGCACAUUGCUACCCGCGCUCCUGGGCGCGCUGGGCGAGGGCGACGCACGGCUCGUGGGCGCCGCGCUCGAGGCGCUGCGGAGGGUCCUGCUGCGGCCGCGGGCGCCGGUGCGGCUCCUGAGCACGGAGCUGAGGCCGCGCCUCCCAGCGCUUCUGGACGACGCCCGGGAUUCGGUCCGCGCCUCGGCGGUCGGACUCCUCGGGACGCUGGUGCAGCGCGGCCGAGCCGGGCUCCGGGUGGGGCUCCGCGGACCCCUGCGGAAGCUGGUGCUACAGAGUCUCGUGCCGCUGCUGUUGCGCCUGUACGACCCCGGCCGGGACACCGCUGAGAGCUCAGAGUGGACCCUGGCCCGCUGUGACCAGGCCCUGCGCUGGGGCCUGCUGGAGGAGAUGGUCACGGUGGCUCACUGCAAUAGCCCUGAGGCCCUAAGCCGCAUCUGCCACUACCUGGUUCAGUGGUACCCGAGACACGUGCCCAGCUUCCUGAGCCAGACCCAGGGUUACCUGCAGAGCCCGCAGGACCCCAUGCGCCGGGCAGCUGUCAUGCUCAUAGGCUUCCUGGUCCAUCACUCGAGCCCCAGCCGCGUCAACCGGGACCUGCUGGACAGGCUGUUCCAGGACGUGGGGCAGCUGCAGAGGGACCCUGAACCUGCGGUGGUGGCAGCAGCACACGCGUCAACCCAGCAGCUGGCGCUGCUGGCCCAGGCGCAGCACCGUCCCUGCCACCGGCGCCUCCCGGGCCUCCCGGGCCUCCGCCAGCGCCACGCCCACCCUGCUCGGCCCCCACCAGCCUAUGCACACAGCCUGUUCCAGCACCAGAGCCUCGCUGGCCAUUGGGGCUGCUCGGGACCAGGCUGAGCCCUACUGGCCCACCCUCCAGGUGGGAGCCAGGGUGUGGAGUCUGGCACCCCACUGCUCUGGGGCCCGUCUUGGCAGGGGCAGAUCUGCAGAACAGGCUCCCCUUGAGGGGCACCCUGGGCUGUGCUGGCACCAAUGCCUGCCCCCUAGAGCCACGCAAGGCCUGUUGCACACAAAGACCCCUCUCCAGAAGCUCAUCCCCCAGAAAGCCCUGCGACCUGGAGGGGGCACACGCUUUCAUGUGACGGAGCACCAUUUCAUCCUCAGCCUCUCACCUCGUACACCCCCAGCUCCCUCUGUCCCCCCUCAGCCCCCGGAAGUGUGUCCUGCCCCCUGCCUGAAUGGCCCUUGGCCUCCAGGGCCAAGCCCUGGUGGGGGACGCCGUGAGGCUGGCCCAGUCCUGGGAGCCAGUGCCGUGAAAGGCUGCCCUCUGCCUGAGCCCUGCAGGCCACCCCAGCAGCCCAUCCUCCCCAUGACAUGCUCCACUGCGCGCUGGCCACGUCCUGGCCUGAGGUUCUGAGGUUCCUGGCCACGUCCUCUCUGCUCGAGAAGCAUCGAUCUGUCCUCCUGUCCACACCUGCGACCCACAGUCUGGCCCCAUUGCUGCACUGUGUCAGACCCACGCUGCUCAGUGUCAGACCCCACCUGGGCCUUCUCUGGAAGCUGUCCCCUGACCUCCUCACUGGACGCCACCGGCCCGAGAUGCUACCUAUGGGCUCAGGUGUGGGGUGCCAACAUCUGCACCCCAGGACCCUGCUCAGGGCCGAACGGAGGCAUGAGUGGAGGUCCAGGGAAGAGGCCCCUUGGGAUAGCUCCGAGGCCAUGACGCAACCCAUCCAGACCCUGGAUGGGAGGCUUCCUCCACCUGCAGUGCCCACCUUGAGGUGUUCUCUUGCCCUUUCCGGGCCCCCAAAGCUGCCUCUUAGAGAAGGAGGCCUCAACUUACACAGCCUUUUGGAAGCUGGGGUCCUGCCCAUCCCUAUGGAAAGCGUUUAAAAUAAACACACAGA